AUGAGCGAUCCACACAAGGCCCCUCCAAAGGGCCAUGCCGAAAAGAAGCCAUCCGUCUCUCGAUCUUCGCGGCCUCGCUCCUCGGUGAAAGGACCCCUUGACGAAGACGACCCGUUAAGCUCAUCUGCGUCCCCAGACCCUCAACGCCUCAGCACGUCGUCCCAAACCCGCCAGUCCAUCACCAGCAGCACCAUCCCCCAGAUAGCGGAAUCCCGCCCCAAAGACUUUUCCUUUCUCCUCCGUCCGGAAAUCUACCAUCCCCUCACCCCGCUCAACGUUCCGGCGGCAUUCCGCAACUCCCCCAAACAACCUGAUUCAUCUGCCCCUCUGGAAUCCCUGCUGGCAAAGGGGCAUUUUCGCGCGGCAGCCAUUGCAGCCGUUCAGCAACUCACGGGGUCGGGUGGUGCUGGCGGAGCUGUGGAAUCCACCGAUUCGCAGCGCAUCUUUGACCUGCUUUACACAAGGCUUGUGUGUCUGACGCUCAUCGAUGCUACCUCGCUGGCGGCCCAGGAGGUCAAGGCGCUGGAAGACCUGAGCAAUGCGCGCAUCUAUGUCGACGACAGGACCGGCGAGCACCUGGUCCCUUGGGACUUGAGGGUGCUGAAUGUGCGGCUUCAAGCCCUCGGGUUCGGGGACCCACGAAGAGCAGUCAUGAGCUAUUACGAUCUGGCCCGAGAGGCCCGCUCGCACGCGGCCAAAGCUGCUGCUGCCCAGCGUGACGAUUCGGCGAGCGAGCUCUGGAAGACGCGGCUGCAUGAACUGGGGGUCAAGGUGGCGGGCGCGCUGAUCGACAUGGACGACUUGUCCGGUGCCGCGCACCAUCUAGACACCUUGAAAGAUGGCGGGGACGGGAAAAUCGCGCUGUCAAAGGCUCUUUUGUGGUUGCAUCUGGGCGAUGUUGACAAGGCAAAAGGCUGCGCCAGGCAGUGCGGGACGGACAUUGGCGCUGCUGUGACGGAGAGGAUCAUCCUGGCGCUGUGCCACAUGGCCGACGACGAGUACGAAGCCGCGCUGGAGACGUGGCAAGGUUUGAAGGGUGAUUUGCCCGGUGACGAGAUGGUGGGCGUCAAUGCCGCGGUCUGUUUGCUCUACCUGGGAAGGAUGCAAGAGGGCCGGGAUGUUCUGGAAGCGCUGGUGGAGUCGGGCUUUUCGUCCCGCACGCUGCUGUUCAACUUGUCGACCAUGUACGAGCUUUGCACGGAGAAACACCGCGGGUUGAAGACGGAGCUCGCCGAGAGGGCCGCGGGGAUGGAGGAGUCGGCUACGGGGUGGGAAAAGACGAAUGCCGACUUUAAAUUAUAG